UCAGAACUUGUAACAGAAAAUCAAAAUACACUCCACUCAAGAGAACCCUGUACUUUGCACUUUGGUUAAAGGUCUCAUUUAGAUUUAAAUUCCUCAACUGCUUAAGAAAUUCAGUUUUCUUUGAUCUUCUCCUUUUUGAGUUGCAGAAAUCAGAUAAAACUACUACUCGAUAAAAUGACUUCUUGUCACGGUGCUGGCGAUCCUAUAAAAAAGGUUGCUAUCUUUGGAGGAACUCAUGGGAAUGAGCUAACAGGAGUAUUUCUAGUUAAGCACUGGCUGGAGAACGGCACUGAGAUUCAGAGAACGGGGCUGGAGGUAAAACCAUUUAUUACCAACCCAAGAGCUGUGAAGAGGUGCACCAGAUAUGUUGACUGUGACCUGAAUCGAGUUUUUGAUCCUGAAAAUCUUGGCAAAAAAAUGUCAGAGGAUUUGCCAUAUGAAGUGAGAAGGGCUCAAGAAAUAAAUCAUUUAUUUGGUCCAAAAGAUAGUGAAGAUUCCUAUGACAUUAUUUUUGACCUUCACAACACUACUUCUAACAUGGGGUGCACUCUUAUUCUUGAAGAUUCCAGGAAUGACUUUUUAAUUCAGAUGUUUCAUUAUAUUAAGAUGUCUUUGGCUCCAUUACCCUGCUAUGUUUAUCUUAUUGAGCAUCCUUCCCUCAAAUACGCAACCGCUCGUUCUAUAGCCAAGUAUGCUGUGGGUAUAGAAGUUGGUCCCCAGCCUCAAGGGGUUCUUAGAGCUGAUAUCCUGGAUCAGAUGAGAAAAAUGAUUAAACAUGCACUUGAUUUUAUACAUAAUUUCAAUGAAGGAAAAGAAUUUCCUCCCUGUGCUAUUGAAGUCUAUAAAAUAAUGGAGAAAGUUGAUUAUCCCAGGAACAAAAGUGGAGAAAUUGCUGCUAUUAUCCACCCUAAACUGCAGGAUCAAGACUGGAAGCCUUUGCACCCUGGAGAUCCUGUGUUUUUAACCCUUGAUGGAAAGACUAUUCCAUUGGGUGGAGACUGUACCGUGUACCCGGUGUUUGUAAAUGAGGCUGCGUAUUAUGAAAAGAAAGAAGCUUUUGCAAAGACGACUAAACUAACACUCAAUGCAAAAAGUAUUCGCUCCUCUUUACAUUAGAAAUCACUUAUAGCUCAUUUGUUAUAGGGUACCUAGAAAAGUUCUAGUUUGUAACCUCUUGGAGACCAGAUUGUGCCUUAUUCAUCACCGAAUCCAUAGCAUCUAGCCCAGUGCCUUGCAGAUGGUGGGCAUUCAGGUAAAUUUCUUGAAUGCAUGAAUCAAUCAAUGAAUAUCUUUUAAAGAUACUGUACUUUAUGUAUGCAACUUACUCAAAGAAGUGCUUUUCUUAUUCCUGUAUAGCUUUUUGUACCUUAUACUUUGACAGUUAACAUUCUCAGUAAACAGCCUUUAAGUUCAAAUUUUAACAUUGAAAUAUAUACUGUAUAAAAAGAGAUAUUAACUUGAGCAUAGAACUGAAUGUUGUAUGUUUUCAAGUAGUGUAAAAAUGCUACCAGAAACUAAUUGUGCCAACUCGUUAUUUUAAAUUUUUUCAGAUUUGAAUUAAUGAUAAAUUAUUAAGGAUCCAGUCUAUAAACUUUAGCAGUAGAUAUGAUACCUGUAGAUUUGCAGAUGCUCUUUUGAAGAUGAAAUGUGAACAGGAAAUGAGGGCUGAUUGUAAAGGUGACAUUUUGAACAAAUCCAGAAACUCUGAAUGAUCCUUUGUCCACCGACAGGCAGUAACCCACACAGAGCAUCGCUGCGGUGGCCACCCACUUGUGCUGCGCUGACCUUAGAGAGCAGAGAGCUUCCUACAGAGUCUCACAGGCCCCCACCAGCGCUAACAUUCCUUCCCAACUUGGGAGGCACAUUCCUCCCAGCCCUCCCUUCUUGCUUUGAGAGAAUGAGCUUGCCUUUCUUCCCAACCAGCAUGUGAGGAAGUCUUUGGGCUCCAGCAGCAUAGGUGGUAAAGACAGAAACAGCAGAGGGCAGUGGACACUAGUGGAAGUGUGACCCGAACCUAUGUCUCUGGUUCACAAACACAUUAUUUUAAAGAAUUCCCCCGUGUCCUAAAGGCCCAAAUACCUCACUCCCAUGAUUAUCCUCCUCAGAGGUCCUCGGGCUAAAACGCUUUCUCUGUCCCUCUCCAGCCCCUACAGGAGACUCCCUCCCUCCUCUCUUAGGCCACAGCAGCCAAGUAAAGAAAAUUUCUACCCCAUCAUUUGGACCCCAAGGAACCCAUGUUUACGGUUUCAAAUAUAUUUACCAAAAUCAUACUAACAUUAUCUGUACCAUAUAUGUAGACAGUUUCAUUCUAUCAAAGCAAAUCCCACUGAGCCAAUUUCAUUCCAUAAUGUGUUCUAUAGCACACAAAGUGUUUCUAAAUUUUCGACAUUUGUAUUUGCACUUUCCCAAAAUUAUCUUCACUAGAAUAAACUCUUUUUCUUCUGAAUUCUGUAGUAAAACUCCAAUUUAUCAA